ACACAUCAUCUCUGCCCUCCUCUGAGCGCGCUGUAUUUUAAGUAGCAGGUGUUUUAAAAACGGUGUUCAUUUCUUAGCCAGGCAGUACAGUAGCUCCCUCCGUCGCUCUCUCUCUCUCACACACACACUAAACACUGCAAUGUCAGCCGCCAGCACCGAGACGAGCGCCCCGUUGCCUGCGGCCGCCAGCCGGGUGUUCUUCCAGCCGCUGGCCGGGGUAGGGUGCGCUGGGUCCGGACCCAUGCCGCGGGACGACCCGGUCCAGAGGAAGCAGGGGAAAGUGACGGUGAAAUACGACAGGAAGGAGCUGCGGAAGAGACUGAUCUUGGAGGAGUGGAUUAUUGAACAACUGAGCGAUCUGUACGACUGUGAGGAAGAGGAGAUGCCAGAGGUGGAGAUAGACAUCGAUGACCUGUUGGAAGUCAACAGCGAAGACGAGAGAGCCGUCAAACUACAGGAAUCCUUAAUGGACUGCUAUAAACCCACGGAGGUGAGUAGUGUGCGCUAUAACGAGCAGCCUGGUGACCUAGAGGCCGGAGAGUGA